GAAAGCCUCAGCGUGGGGACCGCUGCUUAGGGGCGGCACGCGAAGCGAAGCUGAGGCGGCGGGAGCGCCCUUUGGAGCUCAGCUCUCAGCACUUAGCCGAAAGACCACCGAAGCCGCGGCCGGUAACGCCAUGAGGCUCCCGGACCUGACACCCUGGGUCUCUCUGCUGCUGGCCGACUUGGCCUUACUCUGGCUGCUUCAGGGUACUCUGGGGACUCUGCUUCCCGGGAACCUUCCAGGCCUAUGGCUGGAGGGGGCUGUUCGAUUUGGAGGGCUGUGGUUGCUGCUGAAGCUGGGAAGGUUUCUGGGACGCGCGGGGGCUCUGCUGCCCCUACUCUGCCUGGCGAUGCCUCUGUUUCUCUCCCUGAGGGCGCUGGUCCCUGGGGCCUUGAGUGCUCCCCCCACCAGAGUGGCUUCUGCCUCUUGGAGCUGGCUGCUGGUGGGGUACGGGGCUGCAGGGCUCAGCUGGGCAGUGUGGGCUGUGCUGAGCCCUUCCGCGGCCCAGGAGAGCGACAGCGGCCAGAACAGCAAAGCCCUGAUGUGGAGGUUGCUGAGGCUCUCCAGACCAGACCUGCCUUUCCUCAUCGCGGCCUUCACCUUCCUGGUUUUUGCGGUGUUGGGUGAGACAGUAAUCCCACACUAUUCUGGUCGAGUGAUUGACAUCCUGGGAGGUGACUUUGACCAUGAUGCUUUCGUCAGUGCCAUCUUUUUCAUGUGUGUCUUCUCCUUUGGGAGCUCACUGUCUGCUGGAUGCCGUGGAGGCUUCUUCACCUACGUCAUGUCCAGAAUCAACCUGCGGGUCCGGGAGCAGCUUUUCUCCUCCCUUCUGCGCCAGGACCUCGGUUUCUUCCAGGAGACAAAGACAGGGGAGCUGAAUUCCAGGAUGAACUCGGACACCACCCUGAUGAGCAACUGGCUUCCUCUGAACGCCAAUGUGCUCUUGCGCAGUCUGGUGAAAGUGGUGGGACUGUACAGCUUCAUGCUCAGUUUGUCCCCCCGCCUCACUCUCCUAUCUCUGCUGGAUGUGCCUCUCACCAUUGCGGCUGAAAAGGUGUAUAACGUCCGCCACCAGGCGGUGCUUCUAGAGAUCCAGGACGCAGUGGCCAAGGCAGGGCAGGUGGUGCGGGAGGCUGUUGGAGGGCUGCAGACUGUACGCAGCUUUGGAGCUGAAGAGCAGGAGGUCUGCCGCUAUAAGGAGGCCCUUGAACGAUGCCGGCAGCUGAGGUGGCGCAGGGACCUGGAACGGGCCAUCUACUUACUCUUUAGGAGGAUGCUGCAGUUGGGCACGCAGGUGCUCAUGCUGAACUGUGGGCUGCAGCAGAUCCUGGGUGGGGUCCUCACCCAGGGUGGGCUGCUCUCCUUUCUGCUCUACCAAGAGAACGUGGGCCAGUAUAUACACACCCUCGUAUACACGUGUGGGGACAUGCUGAGCAACGUGGGGGCUGCGGAGAAGGUUUUCCGAUACCUGGACCGAAAGCCAAAUCUGCCUCCUCCUGGGACACUGGCCCCUCCCACAAUGCGGGGGCUCGUGGAGUUCCGGGAUGUGACCUUCGCAUAUCCUAGUAGUCCUGACCAGCCUGUGCUCAAGGGGCUGACGUUCACCCUGCGUCCUGGUGAGGUGACGGCCCUGGUGGGGCCCAAUGGGUCUGGGAAAAGCACAGUGGCUGCCCUGCUGCAGAAUCUGUACCAGCCCACCGGGGGGCAGCUCCUGCUGGAUGGGGAACCCCUCUUCCAGUAUGAACACAGCUACCUGCACCGACAGGUGACCGUGGUUGGGCAGGAGCCGGUGCUGUUCUCGGGUUCUGUGCGCGACAACAUUGCUUAUGGGCUGAAGAACUGCAGCGAGGAAAAGGUGCUGGCUGCAGUCCGGGCUGCCAAAGCGGAUGAAUUCAUAGAGGAAAUGGAGCAUGGCUUAUGUACAGAUGUAGGGGAGAGAGGGAAAGCGUUGGCUGCAGGUCAGAAACAACUACUGGCCAUUGCCCGGGCUCUUGUGCGCGACCCACGGGUCCUCAUCCUGGACGAGGCCACCAGUGCCCUGGACGUCCAGUGUGAGCAGGCGCUGCAGGACUGGAAAGGCCGUGGAGACCUGACGGUGCUGGUGAUCGCCCACCGGCUGCAGACGAUCCAGAACGCCGACAGGAUCCUGGUGCUGAAGCAGGGGCAGCUGAUGGAGCAAGCCCAGCUCAUGGAGGGGAAGGACCUGUACUCCCUACUGGUGCAGCAGCAGCAGCAACACCAGCAGGAGCCCGGGGACAUCUUCACACGGGCAUCAUCAUGACCGCGGCAGCUCCUGCCUCAGACUCUGGGGGUGCCUGAGUUGUUCCUGGAGCUGGGUUGGCUGCCUGGACCAUGUACACUUCCUCCCCCUGGCCUGAGUGCUGUCUGUAUCCAAAGACCUGGUUUUCUUGACUGGCAGUGAUUUACUUGGCCCUGAGUAGUGUAUGAUAAAUAUAUUUCAGAAUACUUUUUCCUUAAUAUAUAAAUAGCACACAUUUAUAUCGAAAAGUGAAAGUGAUCUUUGUUAUCUUAGUGACCAUGGCUACCUUUUCCCUGGAUAGCUUAUGGUUUGAGAUACAUAAUAGUUAAAAUGACAUAAAUAUUCAUGAAGCUGCCUUUUUUGUAUCCUCUCCCAUCCCCACCCGUGUCUGAUAUUUUUGGGGAAACCUGGAGUAUGACAGAAAGCACAUGGUUCUGUAAUUAACAGUGUUAGAACAUUGAUAAUAAUUACCAUGUACAGUGUCUAGUGAGUAGGAACUAUGUUCUUUUUCAUGUGUUGUCUUACUUGAUUCUUAUCCUCAAAACAAAGGAGGUUUAUAUUAUCUUAUUUAAUCCUUAUCCUAAAAACUAAAGUCAUUUUAUAGAGAGGAAACUGAAUUCAAAGAGAUUAUAUAACUUUCUCAAGGUCAUACAAUGGAGAAGUUGGAAUUUGAAACCAGGCCUAACCCCAGAACUCAUGCCCUCACCCAAUAAGUUACAUUGCCUCUUGUGUUCCUAAUCUGUAAUUCAUCUGAUCUAAUCAGAUCAAAUAAAAUUUUUUUAUUUCUAG